AUGAGGCUGACAAAUGAAGAAACAGAGGAGUUUCAGAAAUCAUUUGCCCCGAUUUCUUAUGGCCAUCUUUCUCGUCAGUUAGUAGAACACAGCUAUAGUGAAUUUUUGGAUUUAUUGGGACGUUUUACGAGCGACCCAAAUGUGCAAGAAGAAGCAAAAACUUGUCUAUGGGAGUAUUCAGCGGAAGUUAGGGAAGUUUUUUUAAGGAUGCUAGCAAUUGGUAGUUUAAGCAGAAUAGUAGAGGAUAUUAACCGAACAAUUCAGCUUAGAGAAAGUUUGGUGUCAAUGAGGUUUAAGCAGAGAAGGCUUGCAUAUGAUUUUUACCCUGCACUAACAAUGGUUGGCACUCCGAGCCCAAAUGUAACUGCUGCAAUGGAUAUGAUAUUACUUAAAGAUUUUUGUCAAAUGCCAAAUUUACUAGAGGAGUUAGUAUCUCAGCAUGGAAAGCCUGUUAUUGUACCAAAGAUGAGUGAGAUGCAGGAAAAACUAAUUGAGAGGCAGCUUAGGGAUGAAUUCUUUAUCAAAUAUGCAAAUUCUGGUAUUGUUAAGUCGAAAAUAAUUCAUUUCGAUGUAAUCAAGGGAAGAAUUAUUUUGGAAAAGAAGUCUAGAUUCUCUUUGACUUUGAUUUCUGAUUUGAAACAGUGGCAGGUAAUUGAUGCUAAGAUAACGAUACCGGAGAUUUUGAGUUUAUAUACUGUGACUAAAGAACAGAAUUUAUCUUUUAAAGAGAUUUUACAAGCAAGGAUUUACUAUAUGUUUAAUUGCAGAGAGGAUGAAAUUAUUGAACCAAUUCAGGAUACCAUAAAAACGGAACAGAAAGGCUCUGAGAGAGAUUUGGAUAACACAAAUUUAAGGGAAAAAGUUGAUAAAUUUGCAGAUGUAAAAGAUUAUGAGCAAAAGAUUGAUGUUUUAGGAGAAUUGUACAAGACAUCUAAUAUUAUUACAGGAGAUGUUAUCCUGGAAAUGUUUUUGGAGCAAUCAAUUCUAAGUAUUAAAGAUCGAGGUAUUGCAGGUAUUUACCAUUCCGAAAGAAAUGAAUAUAAAUAUAAUAAUGAGAUUUAUAAGUACAUCGACAUCUAUUUAUACAAGAAUGUAGACAUAACGAAUUUGACAAAUUUGGGUGAUAAAAAAGGUAAUUUUGACUUUUCAAAAUAUUCUUUAACUGGUAUAGGUUCAAGUAAGACCAACCCAGGCCAAGCUAUUAUAAGGAGUAUGAAAUACGGUAAGAAUGGUAAAGACAUAAUAUUAAGAUUUCUAAUGGUGCCAAAUGGAGAUAUUAAAUGUAUUUUAUGGCCAUUUUCCCUUUUAUUCCAACAUAAGAGCGAGCUUUCAGAAGAUGUUAAUUUGGUACUUGACAUAAUAAGUGAGGAUGAAAGUUGGUUAUAUUUAUGUAACUGGGAGAAGACAAAUUAUAAUAACAUAUUGGACCUUUCAAAAAUCUUAAAUCAUGUUUCAAAUGUUUUAAGAUGUUAUUUACUUGAAUUAUACUCACUAAAGUUACAAAAGUAUUUAGCGAAGAAUGCAAUUAUUGAGAAAGAUAAAUACUCAAUUACUAUACGUCUUUUAGACUAUAAUGAAUAUGUUGUUAGUAUGGAUAUAUUUACAGGCUCUCUAUUAAUUAGAGAUUCAAGUUCGGGUAAUAACUCAAUCUGGAAAAACUAUCCAACUUAUUAUGAAAAUUUGCAAAAAGCUUUACAAAGCAAUACAAACUCAUUAUUUCAAUUGUUGCCAUGUUUACUUAAUUUAACUAAAUUCCAAAUAAUUAGAGAUGAAUUUUCAUCUAACUACGGCUGGAGGCCAAUAUGCAGUAUCCCCACACCUAUACAAGAGUCCAUUCUAACGGAAAGAAAACUGAAGAUGAAAGAAUUUUCUAAAAUUAAAGACGAACAGGAAAAUGAGGAUGAGAGAAGGAUGAAUAAAUUCGACGGGCUUCUAAUUAAUUCAACUGCAAGUGGUUCCAGUGUUAUUGUUAACACUGUAAUAGACAAUGUUUUAACAAUGACAAAUUGCAUGUCAAAACCCACUCAGAAAAUUUCUUAUACAGAUAUUUUGAUGGAGAAAAAAGAGUUUGACUAUUUUUUCUAUCCAAAGAAGCGCCCUGAUAAUUCAAGAAUUAUUUACGUUCAAAUAGAUACGGAAUUUUGUGUGAUUCAAGCAUUAAAAGUGUUCUUUACAAAGAAUUGUCAUUAUACUCCAGAAAUUGAUAAAGAACUUUCCAUUAAUAACAGAAUAUAUAAAUUUUUGGGGAAUCAUAACUUUGAAAAUAGUAACAGAAGCGAUUACUAUAAGGGAAAAGUUAUUCUUGCAGAAUUUGACAUUAAUUUUAAUUCCCCUUCAAAAAAUGAUUUGUUAAGUUCAGGCGCCGACGACACGUUGAGCGGCAAAACUGCCAAAUUGCAUGUGCCAAAUUUGCAAGUGGGAGGCAAAUUGCAUGCAGGCAAUGCAGAUGAUAAAGAUUGUGUAUUGAAGUAUGUGGGUUUUGAUGAAAUUGAAGUUAAAAAGAAUGUUGGAGAAGUUUUAGACUUUUAUUCUGGGAGUUUUGAGGCAAAGCAUGGUGAAAUUAUAGAGUUACUAGAAUCAUUGCAAGAAUCGUCGAAUGACGGUUAUUUUCCAUUUAAGUUAUAUUCUCGAUUAAACAAAAAUGGUCAACUUGAAUUAAAAAGUUCUAGUUUUUGUUUGGGUAUUAAAGAGUACCGUUUAUUUUUUCAACCAUAUAAAGAUUUUGAAAAAGACCAGUAUUUGUUGGGACUACAAGAAGGACUUUAUUCAGAUAGAAUUCAAUUUAAAAUACAAGUCUGUAAGAUCGGUUCUGGAAAGCUUCCUAUUUUAAACAGAUCAAAGGGUUAUACUGGCAUUCAGAAAGAAGAGAAUUUAUUUUAUAGAUUUAUUAUGGAAACUAAUCAAAAGAGAGGUAAUUUGACAUUAUUUAUUGACGGUGAAGUUCCUGUUCCAUUAAUAUGUAGCUUGAAUAGUGAAAAUGAAGUAUUAUUAUUUGAUGAAAAUUACAAGAUGGAAUUUUCUGUCUGUGAGGAGGAAUAUAGCAAAAAAUUAAUGAUACCAAAAGAAUGGAGACUUGUUGAAACAAUUUCCUUAACUAUUUGUAAUAAUGCUUUGGCUGAAGAAGGAUUUAUGAAACUUUUUAUUGACUAUUGGUAUCGUAUUUUAAGAUUUUUGCAUAAAUCAUUAGAGACGAUAUAUAUGGCAUAUUAUUCGAAACCAAAUUAUUCUAGAAAGGCUAUUAAUGAAAUUGUUUCUAGAAAAGAUUUUGUUUUAAGAAGAAUUUUACCAUGGGAAAUAGAGCUGGAAAUUAUUCCAUGGUCAGUUUUAUUUGGUGAUUCUUUGAGUAAUAAAUUGUUUCAGAGGCUCAAUUACAAAGGAAGCUUAGUUAAGAUACAGUUAAUUGGUACAUCUAGAGAUGAUCAAAUUGGCUAUGCAAAUAGUGAAAAUCCAUCAAAGAUGGAAAAUGAAAAAGAGAGAGAAUUUGAUGGUAUUAAUUUUAUAGGAGGGUUAGGAGGUGCGGAAUAUCUCAAUGAAGCUCAUAAUGAUAAUAAUGUGGACUCUAAUGGCAAUAAAAACAUUGAUAACUUGAAAGCCAGUCAUAAAAGUUUGGAAAGUAAGGAAUUUGUAAUAGUGGAUAUAAUAGACAGUUUAUUGACAAAUUCUCAUAAAGAAAUAUACCAAAAGGAUUUAAAGGACGCUUUUUAUAAUGAUACUUUUGGAGAGGACGAUAAAAAUAUGUUAAGUAAGGCAUUCUGGAGAAUGUUAAGGUCUUAUGAGAUUUCAGUUUCAGUUUCAUUGAUAGAGUCUAAAUCAAAUCCAAAGAUUCAGAAAAUACUGCUAAACGAUGUUAAUGGCCUUUACGACUCUUUAAAUACAUUAUCUUUGAAAAAAAUUGAUGGGAUUGGAAAAUUCUUAAUAUCUUUUGGAUUAAGAAAAAUAGGAAUGCACAUCAUGUUUUUGUUUGAGCUAGAUCCAAAAGUACAUUACAAGUUAAGGAUUACUUUAUUUGAUGUUCGUAAUCUUCAGUUAGGAGGUAACACAACACAACAAUCAAUAGAGGUAAUAAAUCACACGAGAAGAUUGCUCGGUGAAUUUAUUCGUGUGGUUUCUUGUCAAAUUAUUGAUUUUGAGACAUUGGACCAACAUGGGAUGUAUUUAUUAUCAAUCUAUGAUCUUAAUAACUAUGACAGACUUGAACAUAUUAAAAGGAAUAUUCAGUAUUACCAAUCAACUUUUAAUUCUGAAGGAGAAAUAUAUUAUUAUCCGGGUUACUUCUUUCAAAAAGUUAUAUGUUCUUUAUCACAGUUUUUUACAUCAUCAUUUUAUGUCUCAAUUGCAUCAGGAGUAACACAAAGAAAGUUAAACAAUAUGAUGAGUUAUUUGGCAAAUAAUGCUGAGGGUGGUAGUAAUAGUGCCUCAGUUUCUCAACUAAAACAGCCAAUACUGAAUUGGUCAGGAGGAAACAGUAGUAAUAAUAAUUUCAGUAAUAAUAAAGGAGGUGUAAAUACUAAUAUUCAAAACAAAAUCAAAUUUUCAAAGUUUGAUACUUUUCCAAUUAAACAACCUAUAAUAGAGUUUACUUGGUUCUAUAACAAAAUGGCUUCUUUUGAUGUAGAUAGAAAACAUAUUUUAAGCUUCAAUAAAAAAUGGGAAAAACCUUCAAAAUAUCACAAAGUUCCAGAGUUUAUUAGUUAUAAAUUACCGACUAUUGAAAACAAAAGUAAUAUUAUGGGAAAUUCUGAUAUUGAUUCACUUAAAACAAAAGAGGAAAUUAAAAAAGAAAAUGUUAAUAGAGAAUUUACUGAAAAGAGCAAUAAGGCUGAUUCAACUAUUAGUAAUACAUUAAAAGAUGAAGUUGUUUGUAGAGACAGUAAAGAAGAAAUAGGAAAACUUUUUAAACAAUUAGAUGGUAAAGAUGUAAAUAAACAUGAAAUUUUUACCUGGCCCUUGGAAUAUGAUGUACCAUUUUUUAUUACAACAAAUCUGAGUAAUAAUCAAAUUCAUUUGAGUACUUACAAUGCAAACAGCUCUAUAAAAGAAAAUAAAAGGAGUUUUUCAGAGUUAGAAUUAGAUGAAAGAAACAGUAUGGAUAUUACUAACUUUGAAAAAUCAGGCAUUAAGUCUUCUUCUAGUUUUAAUUCCACUUGUUGGUACAAUAAUAACAAUAAUAAUUAUAAUGGUGAUAGAGAAGACAAUGAUAAUAUAUACAUCAAGAGGAAAAAACUUGGAAUCAAUGAAUUUCAAGAAAUUUCCAAUUCUGAAAAUUUUUAUUCAAUUUCAGAAUUAGAGAAAUAUAAAGAAGAAUCUAUUAAAAGUGUUGAUUUAGAUAUAAAGAAAAGUAACUUGGAUGAUGAAAAAGAUUUAUUCAUGUCUUACCUGGCUUUUCCUCUUGUAUGUUUUCCAGAUUAUGUAAGAAGUGAAACAAACAAGGACCAUAUAAUGAUAAUGGACAUGUCGUAUAGUUUAGAACUUUUUACAAGUCCAAUAUCAAGUGAAUUUGAUAUAUUGGGUCAGAUUUUAAAAUAUUUUGGAAAUUUAAGUCAAUCACGUACUUUGGUUAGAAUUGUUACAAUAGCUUUAUGCUCUUCAUUAAUGGUAAUACGUGAUGUUUCUGUACUAUUAAAGUAUCCACUUUUAUCAAUACAAGGAAAAUUACCAAUAUAUAUUGAUUUAGUUUGUCAAUAUGAAGAUUUAUUAGUACCAAUAGAUAAAGAGGAGAAGACAUAUUGUUUAAGAGGCUUUUUAUAUAGAAUAUGGAAAUACAAUAAGAUUAAAGAAUUGAAUGGCUUUACUUCAAUUGUUGAUGAACAACCAAAUAAUGAUUCAAAUAAAGAAGAAUUUAUUAAAGAGUCUUGUUACAUUGAUAUUUAUGUUUCAGUAAGAAAUAUUCCAGUAAACUCUAUAGAAGAUAUUGAAAUUAAUGGAUGUAAAGCAAAUCAGAUAUUUAAAUCAUUUAUGCAACAAAAUUUGUCUCAUAUGUCAGUUUUGUCAAAUUUAUUGGAUAGAUUAUUUAAUUCUCCAUUUGAAGAGUUACAAAAGUUUCACUCUCCUAAUGCAAUACAGUUACUGGAUUCUUCUCAAUUAAGAAAAACUGGGAGUAAUUUGGCAAAAGGUAUAAGUUCUAAUCACUAUCCAAGUAAAAGUACUAGUAAUUUGGGUAUGGGAAUUGGAGUUGAAAUGAAUAUGAAUGUGAAUAUGAAUCAGAAGCCAGGUUCAGAGAAACCUAGUGACAAUAAGAUGAAUUAUUUAUCAUCAGCUUCUACAACAUCACUACCAUUGAAUAAUUCUCCACUUUCUUCUCCUGUAUUCAAUUCAAGUAAUGUAAUUAAUACAGCGAAUUAUUCUAGAAACAUGAAUAAUCAAAGCCAAAAUAUGAAUUCAAUGAUUAAUUUUCCUACAAAUCAGAACCAAAUUAGGGGUGGACAAAACUAUAAAAGUAAUUCAACUGGCCAAAUUUCUGUUAAUAAUUUGAUUGAUGGAAACAAGUAUCUUACAAUUCCUUCCGGAAAGCAAAUUCCUUAUAGCAAUAACAAUAAUAGUAGCAACAACAACAACAAUAUUAGUAGCAGUAAUAAUUGUAAUAGUAACAAUAACACUAGCUCUGCUAGUUCUACAACAUCAACAACAUCUGCAACAUCAACAGCAUCUGCAAAACCAACAUCAGCAACACCAGCAGCACCAACAGCAUCAACAACGCCAACAACACCAACAACAUCAACAAAAUCAGCAACAAUUACUUCAACUUCAACAACAUCAAUCAAUACAGCAACAGCAACAACUCCAUCAACAGCAACAACAGCAACAGCACCAACACCAACAACACCAACAACACCAACAACACCAACAACACCAACACCAACACCAACACCAACACCAACACCAGCAGCAUCAACAACAGCAGCAUCAACAACAGCAGCAACAACAACAACAACAUCAGCAAUACCAACAACAUCAACAACAAUUCUACAACCAAAGACACCAAAAUCACCGAGUUUUGAGUUCUCAGCAGAUACAGUAUCAACAACACCACCAGAACCAACAUCAACGUCAAAAUCAGCAUCAGAAUCAUCACCAAAACCAGCAACAUCAACAACAACAACAAUACCAUCAAAACCAACAUCAACAAUUCCAACAACAAAAUUACAACCAAAGCCAACUUCAGCAGCAGCAUCAUCAACAACAUUUAUUUCAUCAGCAACAGCAGCAGCAGCAACAACAACAACAACAACAACAACAACAACAUCAACAACACCAAAAACAACUUCAGUUGUUUCAACAGCGUGCCCAAAACCAAAGCCAUUCCCAACAACAGUAUCGUCAAAUGUAUUCUCAAAAUAA